AGAGAGAGAGACCGACCCACACCUUUCUCUCUGUGUCUUUAGUUCCUCCUCUAAACUCCUCUAAAGUUGAGGGUGUGUGUUGGUUUUGAAAGUGCAGACUCCCUUCUGUCUGCUGUAAUCGUGCAGUACCUGUGGUGAAUCCAGAUCCAUCCAGAUACAAACAACUGCGUUUCCUAAAGCGAGUGCGCGACUGGCAGCGAGCUCGCGCUCAGGAAAUGGCCCGCUUAUGGCGUUCAGCGCCACUUCUCUUCCUGGUUUGUUUUGUUAUAUGGUGUGUAUUUGAAACUGGAGCCAAAGCAGCCCAUCCUGUACCCCUCCAAAGGCACAGGAGAGAGUGGAUCGUCCCACCACAAAUUUUGGAGGAGAAUGUAGACUACACUAAACAGAACUUUAUUGCUAGGAUUCGUUCAGAUAAGGAAGAUCCAAGUAAGGGCCCAAUAAGAUAUUCCUUAAAGGGCAUUGGUGCAGACCAGCCACCCUAUAACUUGUUCGUUGUGGACCCUUCCACUGGAAAUGUUCGAGUAACUGGGCUCCUGGACCGGGAGAUCAUUGCCCAGUACAAUCUCUCUGGAGUUGCGCUGUACCCUGAUGGCUCAGUGGCAGAGAAUGAUAUUCAGCUGAGAAUAAAGGUGAAAGAUCAGAAUGACAAUGCACCCAUCUUCUUGCCCAUCAGCACAGGAUCUGUGAAUGAGCUCAGCAAAAUAGGUACGACUGUAAUGAAAAUAAAAGCGACCGAUGCUGAUGAACCCGGGAAUGUCAACUCUCAAAUCUUCUAUGAGAUUGUUGAUCAGAAGCCUCCAGGAAACAUGUUUAGAAUCAAUCAGAAUGGAGAACUGAUUGUUAACAGUGAAAACUUGGACCGAGAGACAAUUGACCAGUAUGUACUUACUGUAAAAGCCUCAGACCUCAAUGGGGCUGCAGGUUGCAAAACAGGGAUGGCAACAUUCAAAGUCCAGAUCCUAGACGUCAAUGAUAACAUACCAGUACUGGAGAAGGAUUCUUUUGAAGCCAGUAUUGAGGAGAACACAGAAAAUGUGGAGGUGAUGAGAUUUAAAGCCACUGAUCUGGACCUGCAAAACACUGAAAACUGGCAGGCCGACUACAAAAUUGUGUCAGGCAAUGGCGGUGGGCAUUUCAAGAUUAUCACAGAUCCAAAGACCAAUGAGGGAGUCCUGAUGCUUGUCAAGUCUGUAGAUUAUGAGGAAGUAAAAGACAUGAACCUGGGCAUCACCUUGAACAAUGUGGCUCCAUACUAUGCAGGAAUUGUGUCUCAAGGGAUGACGGGAGUGGUGGUGCAAGGAGGAGGUGGAGGAGGAGGUGGAGGAGGAGGAGGUGGAGGAGGAGGAGGAGGGGCAGGGGGAGCUACAGGAAUGUUUGCUGGUGGGGCAGGAGGAGGUAAAAUCUACAAUAUGCAUGUCAAUGUAAAGAACCAGCCUGAAGGCCCAGGCUUCAUUCCCAAAGUGAAGGCAAUUCCAAUUUCUGAAAAUGGCAAGAUGAUUGAUAUAACAAAAGCCCUCACAGUGUACACUGCUACUGAUUCAGAUACAGGAUUGCCUGCACAGGGAGUCAAAUAUGUUAAAGGCUCUGACCGAGACAACUGGCUAUCCAUUAACGAGAAAACCGGUGAAAUCAAACUGAACAAACUCCCAGAUCGAGAGUCUCCAUAUCUGGUCAAUGGGACUUACAUGGCAGAAGUCCUCUGUAUCAGUCAAGACAUGCCCUUUAAGACGGCCACAGGCACUGUCGCCAUCCAGGUGGAGGACUUUAAUGACCACUGCCCUGUUCUGAUCAAUAAAACACAGCCUAUGUGCACCGUUCAGGAAGUUUUGUAUGUCACUGCAGAGGACAAAGAUGCUUUUCCAAAUUCAAGUCCCUUCACAUUCAUUGUCAUCCCUGAAGGGACAGAUGGAAAAUGGAGUGUGGAGCAUAUAAGCGAUAGAACAGCCAUGUUGAAACCCCAAGGCACACUGUGGCCAGGCCCUCAUCAAGUGACUCUGGAAAUUCGCGACCAGCAGCAAGUGGCAUGUCCAGACCAGCAGGUGCUAAAGGUGGAUGUAUGCACAUGUGAUAAAUCAGCGACAUGUGGCCCCAUUGUGGCUCGAAAGAAGAGCACGGUACUUGGCAGUGCCGGAAUUGGUUUGCUUUUACUCGGACUCCUCAUGCUAUUACUUAUUCCACUCCUACUGCUGUUGUGUCAGUGUGGAGCAGCCGGCAUGAGCGGAACCUUCACCGAGAUGCCUUUUGACACUAAAGAGCAUCUGAUUUCCUACCAUACAGAAGGGCAGGGAGAAGACCGGGAUGUGCCGUUACUCCUCAAUGACAUUGAUGGUCCUGGAAUGAUAAACAUGAACAAACCCUCAAAAGGUGGCUUUGGGGCCACCAUGGGAAGUGCUGCUUUUGGAACUGCAGGAGGUUACAGGAUAUCCACGAUGAACGGAGGAGGUCAAUUAUAUAAUCCGAUGGAAAUGACCUCUAUGGAUCAGGGGAUGAACGGACAUCUUGGGAUGAUGAGGGAUGAGUAUGCCACAUAUGACAGUGGAAUGGCCCUUAAUGAAGGCUUCUUGAAUCAUUACUACUCAAAUAAAAGUCAGGAGUUACAUACCACAACUGAAGACAAUUUGAAGCCAUUUGGGUUUGAGGGUCAGGGCUCACCUGCUGGUUCUGUAGGCUGCUGCAGCAUUUUGUGUUCUGAGAGCGAUCUGGAGUUCCUUAAUGACUUGGGGCCAAAGUUCACUACUCUAGCUGAGAUAUGUGGCGGCACAAAGUUCACAAUGGCUGCUCCAACCCCUCCUCCUCCAAAACCCAUCGUGGAUCACUCUGAAUCAAUUUCCAUGCACACCAACAUUGCCAACACUGUCAACAUGGCCACCAAAGUGGCAGCACCCUCUACCAUGCACACGGAGGAGAAUGUGGUAGUUAAAAACACCCAGGUAGUGUCUGACGUGCAGCCAGUCCAUGUGCCCACCCAGACCCUGAUGGUGCAGCAGCAGCCAAUGUAUUACAUGGUGGAGCCACAGGUCUCUAACACUGUGCUAUUGGCCGAGAGGCCCAGCAUGGGACUGAGCCAAGGGAUGUAUGUGCUGAAUGGAGCUCCAGUGACUGAAAGAGUCCUGGUGCAGGGUGCUGUGCCAGCACAAGGCACAAUUGGUGGUGGCGAAAGAGUGGUGUUGUUGGAAACGCAUGGAGGAUCCACCACGGCACUGAACAGAGGCCGGCUCCAGUCAGCUAAUUUGUCUGGAUCGCAGCUGUUGCUGGUUGAUGCAGGUGCACAAGGUGGCCAGGUCCUCCAAGGAACACUGCAGAGAGGGGGCAUCUAUGGAUCUCAAGGCAUAGUGUUGGUGGAAGGGCAAGGAGGGUCCACAGUUCACGGAUCACUCCAAAGAAGUGUUCCUGUGGCCGGAGGGUCUCAGAGUAUACUGCAAAUAGUGGAAAGGCAGGGAGGGACUUCAGGAAUCACUCAUGGGGGAAAUCACCUGCAGGGGGCGGUAACAUCCACUGCUACGUCCCAGAAUGGGACUAUUGGAUUGAGCACAAGCACUGUACAUGGACUUCCCAGCUCACGGAAGGUUGUCGUCCAAGAGAAGAAGGUUGUAAAAACCAACCUGUAAUGAUGGAUACAUUUUCUACUGAACACAACAACAGUAGUCUGAGGUAAUGUCCUUAAUGCUUUAACUCAUAAAAUACAAGCAUUUUGACACUGAGAGGUUCUUAUAUUCAUUAGUGCAUACACUGUACACAUGUUUUGUUAUUCUUUCUAAAUUUGCCUGUGUAUUGGGUCAUUGUUGUGUUCACUUCUUUUCUUAAAUUUAAAGUUGUUUUUAGGGUUACUGUGUUUCUUUGGUAUUACUAAGCAGCACGAUGCAAUUAAAAGUCAUAUUAAGUAACACUACUUAAAGGUUGCACACUAAGUCAACAAUGCAAAUUCAGUGUUUCAAUCUGUUCAAAAAAGUAGUUUUAUCACUCUGUAUUGUCAGAGCAUAUUUCACAAAGAAAACUCACAAUUUAUGAAAAAAAACAAACAAAAAAAAAAAACCCCAAACAAACUGGAAUUUCAAGCUGAAAGAACAGCAGACUGGCCCUCCUUUAUGUUGGGAGGAGUUAAUCUUGCUUGAAGGUUUCUUUUACUGAUAUACCCUCCCUUUAUCUUAAAAAGAGAAACUAAUUAAAAUGCAAAAAAAAGGAACAAAAGACUGUUGAUCAGUGCAGGGUUAAUUUAGAAAUCACUUUAUCAUGGAGAUAUGAAAAAUGUGUACUAGGUUUGGAGUGUUUUCAAAAAAGGUUUGUAACUGAAAAACGAAAGAGUUAUAAUUUUGGUCACAAUUUUGCGGAUACCACUGUCAUUUAAGCUAGUUAAAGAUUCAGUAUUGUAAUGUUAAAAUUACAUACUAUAAAUAAAUUAAGACACUAACCAAUUGCAUGUUUUACAUUAACAUGUGAAGCGUGUGUUCACAAACUACAAACACAAGGGCUUAAUUACAAUAUAAUCUGCUUUUAUACAGCUAAAUGUUCAAAACAUCCUUUGUCAUUUCCUUCAAGAUAUCAGAAUGUAAAGAGACUUUUAAACCAUAAAAUGUUGGUAGUUUUGUUUCUUCCUUUUUCUGUUAUGAAUUAAUAUACUGUAUUAAUAUACUCUUUCCUCUAAUGGGUGUCCAUUUGUACUUUGUAAUAUUUGUACGAGAGAUGAAGAGAUAUUUAGUACUGGAUUAAUAUGGUAACUUCCAAUGUGAUGUUCUCUUGAGGUCAAAUAGUAGUUGCUGUUAUAUGUUUUAAGGGGUACUUUAACUCGAAAUGGAACUACUCUAUUGUGUUAAUCUUUUUUUUUUUUUUUUUUUUUUUUUUUAAUGUAUAGAUUUUCAAAAUUGCAUCAGCGAAAUGAAUGUAUGUGCUUCAUAUUAAACUGCCAUUUACUGUCAGAGAGAAAGCUUUGAUCUGUGGGUGUUAAACUGGAACCACUUGGAUUUCAUUUCUCAUUUAUUGCAGAUUUUAAUACAAUAAAAUGACAGAAACAAUGCUUUGAGAAAUA